AUGGCUUCUCCGGGAAAGGCGGAACUGCGAAAAGUGACGAUUAACACGAAGCAGGGUUCAAAUGCCAGUGAGAGAGCCUUCAGCUUCGAGCCUGGUCCAACUCAAUCGGCUGGGCUAACGAGGAAACUUGAAGUGAAGGGAGCUGCGCUGCAUCCACCGGGUUUCUUUACCAGUUGGUCCUUCCAGAUGCAAAAGGAGGCCCCCAUGAGCCGUCAAACUGAAAGGACGGGGGGCCACAGCGUGCUGCAGGUGUUUGAGAAGGUCCUUCAAGGAGUCACGUACACCAAAAAAGUUACUCUAAGAAACCGCGAGAAGAUUGGGAGGCGUCUGCGGCUUGAAGUAGACCCUCAGAGUCCUUUUCGUCUUUCCCCACUGAAAUAUCCCGUCGAUGAUGUCUCCAUACACCCCGCAGGCGCCAGCAGCGGAGACCCCCAAGGCGCCUCGCGCGUCUCAGGCAUUGUAGCAACGGGAAUGUGCGUUCAGGUGGUGGCGAGGAAAGAGCAGCCGCUGCUUUUGUCGUUGCCCCGCCAAUUGACAUUCGCUGCAGUGCGGCCCGGCGAGGCGGCUGUCCUUGAGCUGCCCUUGAAGAAUGGGGGCGGCGAAGCUGUCCUCAGGCCGGUGGUGGUGGCAGCUGCUGCUGCUUCGAAUGCUGCAGCUGCUGCUGCUGUUGUGCCCGAGCACACACAACCUACCUCCGCUGCACCUGCUUGCGGACGACCUGGAACACCCCCCGUAGCCGCCGCUGCUGCUGUUGCUUCAGCUUCUUCUGCAGCUGCUGCUGAGGAUUUGGUUCUCUCUAGGAUGUCAUACACGGAGGAUGCAGAUGCCUUUGCUGUGUCUGCUGCUGAGGUGUUGUUGCCUCGGGGCUCCCAAACGUCUUCUCUUCUGUUGCGUUUCCUUCCGCGUCGUCCCGGUCGUUUUGCUGCUGCUCUUCUGCUGCAGUCGGUUGGCUCUUCAGAGGAGGGGGCCCCCUGCCUCGGCGUAGUCGAACUGAGGGGAGAAGCAGAGGCUGCUGCGCUGACCCUUAGAGACUUCUGUGGGGCCCCCUGGGCCUCAGGCCGCCUCUUGCGGCUCUGCGCGGCUCUCUCCUCCUCGCUCGCUGCUGCACCGCAAGACGCUGCAGACGCACGCACUAUAAAGAAGAUGAUCAAUGCAGAUGCAGCAGCAGCAGACGCUGCAGUAGCAAACGCUGCAUCCGCAAACGAUGCAGCAGUAACAGCAGCAAACGAAAUCAGCAGCAGAGAGUGCCAGGCUGAGACCCCCUGCCCUCUUGAGGCCACCACCAUACAAACAAUCGCAAAAUGCAUGCCACGGAUAAUCGACUUCGGAUGCACUCUGCGCCAGGGGCCGCCCAUAUCCCGUACUGUCACCCUUUGUAACGAAGGCAGACUGCCUAUACGCGUCCAGUGGCGCCCCUCAGCAGCAGCAGCAGCAGAUGGUGCUGCAGCAGCAGACAGUUCAGCAGCAGCAGACAGUUCAGCAGCAGCAGACAGCGGAGCAGCAGCGGACGGUGCAGCAGCAGCAGACGGUGCAGCAGCAGCAGACACUGCAGCAGCAGCAGACGGUGCAGCAGCAGCAGACACUGCAGCAGCAGCACAAAGUGCAGCAGCAACAUGCGAAGCGUUUUCUGUGUCUCCCGCUGAGGCUGUCAUCCCAGCCCUCAGCUCCGUCCCUUUCUCCUUCACCGUCGACCCGCGGCUGCUGCCAGCCAGCCCCCCAGACAGCAGCAACAGCAGCAGCAACAAGGACCGCGACAGCAUCUCAUUUUCAUGUGGAGUUUCUCUUUGGAUUCUCGGUGUCUCGCGCUGGGCUCUUCUUUCCCCUCCGGCGCUGCUGAGGCAUUUUGAGGGUCCUCCUUUCAUCUCCUCACAGCAGCAGCAGCAGCAGCAGCAGCAGCAACAGAACAACGACGAGCUGCCGCUGCGUUGGCUGCCGCUGCUGCUGCCUCCCGAGUCGGCGACUCCUGCUGCUGUGGACUCUGAGAACGAUGGACCGGAGGCAGCAGCAGCAGCAGGAGCAGCAGCAGCAGCAACCGCUGCAGGUGGAGACAUCAAGGACUGGCAGCUGUUGCAGCUGCAGCAAUGCGUCUCCCUAGAGCGUUCAAAGGUGCGCAUCUACCCUCUGCCGCAGCUGCGGGGCCGCGCCGCUGCCUUCAGGCUACGGCCUGCUGCAGUGCAGUCCAUCCCCUUGAGGCUCUGCAACGAGGGGGGGUCCUCCGUCCGGCUGGCUGUACACCCUGACGGACGCGCACUCAAAGCCUUUGCUGUGGGCCCACAGCCCUUCGGUUAUUUUUGUGUUUCCUCUGAUGGCGGAGGCCUCGUCGCCCCGCACACCGAAGGCCAGCUGUUGCUGCAGCUGCUGCCCCUUUGCUGCGGCUCCAUAUCCCUGCAUCUUCCUCUCUCUGUCUUUCCCCCUCACCCCACAAACAGCCACCCAAGGGCUGCUGCUCUGGAGCCGCAAACACCAGAAGCAGCAGCAGCAGCAGACGGGGGUGCUGAUGCUGCAGCAUUAGGCAGUCAGACAGCAGCAACGAAAACAGCAGCAGCAGCAGCAGCAGCUGAGGAGCAGCAGACUGUGACCGUUCCGGUUUGUGUGGAGGUGGCGGUUCCCCUCGUGGCGUCGCCGUGGCCUCCGCAGCUCAGCUUCGGCACUGUCCGGGCGCACACGCGCAGCAGCCGCGGCCUCCUCGUCCGCAACAAUUCUCAGAGUCCUGCUGUCGUACGCAUUCGAAUACCAGCAUCAGCAGACACAGCAGCAGACACAGCAGCAGACACAGCAGCAGAUACAGCAGCAGAAGCAACAGCAGCAGAAGCAGCAAACCCCUUCUGUAGUGCAGUCACCGACUCCGCCCUGCUGCAGGCAGUGAGGGCGAGCGCCGCAGGUCACUUCCCUUGCCACUUCGCUUCUUCGCUUGUGCGCACCCCUGUAGAGCUGGCAGCACACUCAGCAGCAGCAGCAGCAGCAGCAGCAGCAGCAGCAACGGCAGCAGCAGGUACACUUUCAGCACCAACAGUACCCCCGUUAGCACCGUCAUCUGCGGCAGCAACGGCAUCAGGCCAUUCAGCAAAAGCCGCUGCUGCUGCGAGCCGCACUGGGGAUACGUCUCCAGCAGCAGCAGCUGAACGAGCAGGGGUUGCUGCUGCCUCAGUGGGUGCGGCAGAAGAGCCGGUUCAACGUUUACCCUCUUGCAUGAAGUGUCUGUGCAUAGACAAGUCGUUGCGUUCUGCUGAGCCUUUCUUACGCCACCCACGAAAGGCAGCAGCUGAUGCUGCAGCAGCUGCAGCAGCAGCAACAACAGCAGAGACAGCAACAGAAGCAGAACCGGCAGUUGAACCAGGCGAAGUUUCUGCAGUGAAGCAGCAGCAGCUGGCCCUGCAGCAGCAUUUGUUGGAGUGGCAGAUACAGCAACAGACCACGCAGCAGCAGCAGCAAGAGCAGCAGCAGCUGCAGCAGGAGAUGCUGGAGCCGCACGUAGUGAUAGGUCUAUCUGGGCAGCUGAUGGUGUACCCGUCUUAUGUGCUGCUGCCUCCUGGCGGCUCUGCUGUCUUCCUGGUGACGUUGAGGGCCGCCCAUCCCCAGUCGCUUCACUCUGUUUUGUUUGAGAUGCAUAUUGCGUUCUAUGGGCAGCUGGAGACGCUGGAGGGCAGCGCGUUAGUCCCGGUUGCAGUGGAGGCUCGCGUGGCUCUGCCGAUGCUCCGCCUCAGCAGCCACCACCUACUGCUGCCGCCUCUCUUCCUGCUGCAGCAGCGGCUGCUGCAGCAGAAGCUGACGCUGUACAACGACGGAGACAUCCCCGUUCGAGUCCGCUGGACCUCCCCGUCAUCUCUUAUAGAUCAACAAACCCAGGAACAGCAGCAGCAGCAGCAGCAGCAGCAACAGCAGCAGCAGCAGGUGUGGGGGUCGUUUGCGCCGGUGGUAGCUCGCAAUAGGAAUUGCGGCUUGUUGCUGUCUCUGUCUCCUGCUGAUUUUAUCUUGGGCCCGCGCAGCAGCAAGACGGCGGACAUCUGCUGCCUCGGCCUUGCGGUGUCUCCUCAUCUCGAGGCGAGGGCCUACUGCAGCGGGGACGGGCUGCUGCUGCCGCUGCAGGUCUCCUUUGCUGCUGCAUGCAGCGGCGCCUCCGUUACAUACGCCCUCUUCUCGCAGCAGCAACUUAACGCUGCUGCACAGCUGCUGCAGCAAACCCGGGAGCAGCAGCAGAAGCAGCAGCACCACCACCACCACCGCAGCCGACUUCAGGGGAAUCAACAGCAGGAGGAACAGCAGGAGCAUCAACAAGAGCAGCACCAAGCUCAUGUAGAGGGUAAAAGAAGAGGAGUAAGAAGCGCUGUUGCUGCGCUCAAGGGUGCGGGCAUCGGUCGCUGGGGCUCGCUGCAGCAGCAGGGAGACGAGGGGAAGCAGCAGACAGAGACAGAGAGAGAGACCGCAGAAGAAGUGAUAACGGAGACAGUUGCAGCAGGAGGAGACAGCGCCUUUCUUUAUCUCCUCGUAGUCAAUACCUCGCCCAUACCUGCAUUCCUUAAGCUCCAGGCCCGCACACACACAUAUCAGCAGCAGCAACAGCAGCAACAACAACAGCAGCAGCAGCAGCAGCACCAGCUGAAGCAUCCUAUACACUGGGACGAAGGCAGACCAGCUGGUGCCUUCAACUGCCCCGACUGCAGCAGCAGCAGCAGCAACGCAUUCUGCGACGAGAGGGGCUGCAGCAGCAGCAGCAGCAGGGGAAUCAUAUCCCCCUGGGCAUCCCUAAUGGAACCGUGCUCGACAGCGCGCACGGACAGCAGCAACAAAAGCAGCUGCAGCACCACGAGCAGCAGCAGUAGCAGCAGCACGAACAGCAGCAGCAGAUGCAACAGCAGCCGUAGUAACAGCAGCAACAACGCCAGAGCGUUGAUUUCCUCUUCACCAACUGCUGAGGCCUUGCUGCUCCAGGCGGCUUCUUGUGCUGCUCCCCCUGAGCUGCGACAACUGCUGCCUGGUGGACUGGGUAGAGAGCGGCCCUUCUUUAAGGCGGCUUCGGGUGUACGUACACUGCAGGCAGCAGCAGCGCGGCAACGGCGGCAGAAGCUGCACCGCGUAACCCAAGGGGGCUUAGUACUAAUUCCACACCCCGAAAGCAGUUUGCUGCUGCAGCAGCAGCAAGCUGUGCUGCUGGCAGUCGAGAUGUUUGCUGCUGUCCCUGCAAACUUUGCUGCUAGCCUGCAGCUCUGUCUAGAGCCUUCUCAGCAGCACCUGCAGCAGCAACUGCAGCAGCAUCUGCAGGACCAACUGCAGCAGCAACUGCAGCAGCAUCUGCAGCAACAUCUGCAGCAGCUGCUGCAGGGCCAGUAUCAGCAGCAAAUGGUAAAUAUUCAUCUCAAGGUGCCAGUGCGAGGUCCGCUGCUGCUGCUGCCCCCCCUGCAGCAGCGCCUCCGCCUUCGCAGCGGGCUGCCGCCUCUGAUCACCGCUCAGGUGGUGCUGCAGCAGCAACCCUUGGAAGCAACAAAGCAGCAGCAGCAGCACCUGCAGCAGCAGCAGCAACUUCAGCAGCUUGCAUGCCUCACUUCGUAUAGAAAACGAGAGAGACUCAUCCCCCUGAAGACUGCCUUCUACAGCAAGCAUUUUCCCCACACAGCAUCAGCAGCAACAGACGUGCAGCAGCAGCAGCAGCAACAACAGCAAGAGGAUGAAGAGCAGCGCGUAAGCUUUAAAGUGGAGAAUAACACCAACCAGUGGCUGCGUGUUCAGUGGCUGCUAUAUGACGUUGGCCUUUGGGAAAUGCAGCAGCAGCUGCAGCAGCAGCUGCAGCAGACAGCAGCUCUGAAGGGGUUAGCAGUUGAGGCACUGCGUCGGCGCGCAGUUGACACGGCCCGAGAGGCUGCAGCAGCAGAAGCAGCAGCAGCAGCCGCAGAAGCAGCAGCAGCAGCAGCUGCUGCUGCCCCCCCCGUGCCGCCCGCUGGUGGUACGCGAAAACCAGUGAGGUCGCAGCAAGCAAAAGCCCCUGACAUGGCUGCUCUGGCAGCAGCAGCAGCAGCUGCUGCUGCUGUCGCUGCUGAGGAGGCCUCGUUCAAAGCAACAGAAGCUUCGGCAGCCGCUGCUUCUGCUGGCAUACAAGAAGCCAGCAACGGGUGGCGGGCAUUGGCAGCAGCAAACGCACCAGAAGCAAAAACAGCAGAAGCAGCAGAAGCAGCAGAAGCAGCAGCUGGAGCAGCAGCAGGAACAGAAACAGGCAAUCUGAGAGAUGCUGCAGUAGUAGCACCUUCACCGCUGGGGGUUCCUGCUGAAGGUCAGGGUUGCAGAGGCGCAGCAGACGUGGGAGACAGAGCAGCAGCAGAAGCAGCACCAGGAGCAGCAGCACCAGCAGCACCAGCAGCAACGGCUUUACAAGGAAGGCUGCAAGCAGCAGCAGCAGCAGCAGGAGAAGGCGACGCGAGUGUUGCAGCAGCAGCACGGCAUGUAGCAGCAGUGUCUGAGGAGAAUGGCUCUGCGCUGGUGCCGCCUGAGCAUUGUUUAGUUAGUGCAGCAACUCUUGCUGCCCACGAGACGCGGCUUGUUGCUGCUGCUGCUGCUGUCGUCAGCGCCCUUGAAGCCGCUGCUGAACCGACCUUUGAGGCCAUAUUACAACAAGCAGAAACAGAUGUGGCAGGAGCUGCAGCAGCAACUGCAGCAGCAGCUGCAGCAGCAGUUACUGCACCCACUGCAGAAGCACGUGAAUCAGCGGCAGCAGCAGAAGCUGUUGCUGCUGCUGCUGCUGCCUCUUCUGGUUUAGUUGUUCCUUGCAUAGACCCUUCUCCUUGUCUUAUCGCCCCCUACGGCAUAGUGGAGGUGUCGCUGCGGUGCGGGGCUCUGCAGCAUACCCCCGGCAUAUACAGGCUGAGGGCAGUGGCGCUCGCGCAGCCCAUCCCUGCUGAGAUAGCAAGACAGGAAGCAGCAGCAAAAGCAACAGCAGCAGCAGCAGCAGCAACGCGAACGGCACCUGCUGCCCCUGCUUCUCCUGCUCCUGCUCCUUCUGCUUCUGCUACUGUUGCUCCAGCUGUUGCUGCUGAAGCUGCCGCUGCUGUUGCCUCUGCUGCUGCUUCUGCUCAAGCAGGUGUUAUGGCGGGGCCGAGUGUUUGUGCUGCUGCGCCGCUAGUCAUUGACCUCAGCGUCUGCACGCGGCCUCCUAGUUUGCGUGUGGCUUGUGGGGGGGAUGUCUCGUCAGCAGCAACAACGCCCACUGCAGCAGGAGCAGCACCAACAGCAGAAACAACAGCAGCAGCAGCAACCGAAGCUGCAGCCGAAGAAGCAACUGAAACGGAUGACUUGGGCACGCUUUGGUUCGCUGCGGCGGAAACAGCAGCAGACACAAACGACAGCAACACCCCAGAAGAUACCGCUGCUGCUGCUCCAGCUGCUGCUGCUCCAGCUGCUGCUGCUCCCGUUGCUGCUGCCCGGCUCCAUAAGGAGCUGCUGCUGCAGCCCGCCAGACACUGCGCUUCCGUCCGCUGCGCUAUUUCCCUAACAGGAAAGGCCUUCAAACUUGUCAAGGCUGAGCUUCUGUCCGUGCAGCCGCACAGACAGAAGCAGCAGCAGCAGCAGCAACAGCAACAGCAGCAACAGCAGCAGCUAGAACUGCCUCUCACAAAACAGUUGGCGCUGACUAUCCAGCGGCAGCAACAGCUACGGUUGGUGGUGGAGUUUUCUCCCCCCUCAGAGGAUGCAGGGCAGCAGGGAGGUGAUAGCAGCAGCUGGUGUAGGAGCAGCUGCAGCAGCUGCAAUAGCAGCAGCAGCUGUUGCUGCUGCAAUGGUGAGUUGAGUAUUACCUAUCCAGCAGCAGCGCCUCCUUGCUGCGAUACCGAAGACGCAAGAUUAGCUCGUCUUCUGCUGUCGCUGACACAGCAAACAAAGCAGCAGCAGCAACUUCGGCCGGAGCAGCAGCAGAAGCAACAGCAACAACAAGAGCAGCAAGCAGCAGACAGCGAGGAUCCCCUUUGCACGGCUCUCCUUAGCGGCAUCCUUCGGCUCUUGCGACCCCAAGAAGAUCCCCGGGCUUUCUUGUCUUUGGGCCUUGCUGCCCUUCGGCAACAGCAGCAGCAGCAACAACAACAAGACCUGCAGGAGCAGCAAGAGCAGCAGGAACAGCAGAAAGAAGAGCCCAAUAAGCAGUUGCUGCCACUGCAGCAGUGCGAACAACUGCUGCAGCGCCUCGACGCGCUGUGGUCCGUUGCUUCAGAAGCAGCAGCUGCUGGCCUUGCAGCUCGAGGGGCCUCCGCCCCCUCCACAGCUCUUCGUUGCUGCAGUAGCAGCAGCAGCAACAGCAACGCAACAGCAGCUGCAGCAGCAGUAGCCCCUGCUGCUACUGCGGGUGCAACAGGGCCGGAGACGACGCAGGUGGUGUCUUUAAUAGGCCUCUGCAGGAAAGCAGUGCUGCUGCUAUGGGCUCCGCCGCAUCCGUGCACAGCAGCAGCAGCAGCAACAGCAGCAGCACCUAGAGGAGCUUGGGCUACCUACUGCGACCCCAACGCCCCCCUGCUGAUUGACUUCGGCACUACUCACAUCGAUGCCCGCAGGCGGCCCAGCAGACUGCUGCAGCUACGCGCCGUAGCCACAGCAACUGUUCAUUGGCAGUUCAGCCUAUGCAGCAGCACCGGCAGCAGAAGCAGAAGCGGCAGCAGCAGCAGCAGAAGCAGAAGCAGCAGUAGCAGCAGCAGGAGCAGAAGUAGCAGCAGCAGCAGCAGCGGCAGCAGACGCGAGGAGUUCGAAGCUGGUUUUGUGUCGGCUGAGGAAGAGACGAAAGGAGAAGAGGAGGCAUUCAUGCUGGUUCCUUCUGCUGGCUCUCUGCCCGGCAUCAACGCGGAAGAAACGAACAGCAGCAGCGGCAGCAGAAGCAGCAGCAACAGCAGCGCCGUCAUUUGCAUAUAUUUCAAGCCAUCUCACCUCGGCCUUCACUAUUCUUUAUUCCGGCUGUCUGCCCCCUCUUCCCCUCCUCAGUUCAUAGCCUUCAGAGGCGUUGCCUCAGCAGACGAAGCGGCUGACGUCUCCGCCACUUUGGGCCUCAACAGCAACCCCGUAGACCCUAAACCCUAA